AGUGGAAGGAGAGAGGGGGUGAGAACGUUCUUAUAUUAUACCUCAGUGGAUGAGAAAGCUAGCCAACCUUCUACCGUGGAAACUACAGUUAUAUUCGAAAGAUCCCACGAUAGUUACAUUAUUUAUAUACAUAAAGUAACUGGUUUGAAAAACAUCGUAAUUUAACCCAAAUUAUCUGUGGCAGUGUAUUAGAGAGACAUAUCUAAUUAAACGAGCAAUGGCGUUGAAAAGAAUUCAAAAGGAACUGACAGAUUUGCAGAGGGAUCCGCCUGCACAGUGCUCAGCGGGACCAGUUGGAGAUGAUUUGUUUCACUGGCAGGCGACAAUAAUGGGUCCGAAUGACAGUCCUUAUCAGGGAGGGGUGUUCUUUUUGACUAUACACUUCCCUACAGAUUACCCCUUCAAACCACCAAAGGUUGCGUUCACGACAAAGAUCUACCACCCCAAUAUCAACAGUAAUGGAAGCAUUUGUCUGGAUAUAUUGAGAUCUCAAUGGUCGCCUGCACUCACUGUAUCAAAAGUUCUCUUGUCAAUCUGCUCUCUGCUUUGCGAUCCGAACCCAGAUGACCCUCUUGUACCAGAGAUUGCACACACCUACAAAGCUGACAGGGAAAAGUACAACAGACUAGCAAGAGAAUGGACACAGAAGUAUGCAAUGUGAGAAUGCCUGUGAAAUGAAAACACUAAAAGAAGAAACACAUGUUUAAUAUUAACACAAGGCAAACGAACAAGAGGGGAAACAUAACUACACACUCUGGUUGGAGAAGGAAGCGAUAAAAUAAGGGACAGUGCAACCUGGCUGCUAAGUGCCGAGCUGCUGCCAUGUGCCAUUCUUCAUGACUUGUAUGGAUCAGCUGAGCAAGGCCUAAGGGACUCCUGAAAGCACUCCCUUAUGGAAUACUGGAACCUCCCCAUAGUCCAGACCACACCCUGACUUUAACUAUUACUACUUCUAUUGUGACUAUUAUUAUCAGUGUUACUAUUCAUAUUCUUAUGAUCACUUGUUAUUAUAAUGAUAUCAUUGUGUUAUUCUACUGAAUGCUGAAACAUUGGGUUUUGAAUUUGGAGGGGACUAGUUAGCAGCUUGGUUCGCACUCCUUUCAAAGGUACUUUCUUUGCCCCUCUGAAUGUCUUGUAUUACUGUAUGUUUAUGUAUUCCGUGGCCUUGCUGUAUUAUUGUAACAACCUCCUCUCAGACGUUAGAAGUGCAAUUGAGUUGGAGUGCUCAGCACAUAAAGGUGCAUGGCUAUAUGCAGCAGCGUGGUUCAAUGGCUCACUAAGACUCUGGAGAUGGUUCUACCCAAACUCUCACACCCGGACAUAAUGUGAGACGAUUCAGACAGUCAUUCUGUAUCCCCCUGAGCCAAUUAAUUUUAUCCGUCAAUGUAUUUGGAAAUGUCCCAAAUGCAGUGACAGGUGGUCCUUGGAGAGGUGCUAUCAAGGUGAGCUGACCUGGGUUGGACUGGCAUUUGUGCUCAUGGGCAAGAGACCAGGGAGAAAGUUCUGGAACCUCUACCACGUUUCUCACCUGUGUCGUCUAUGUCCCUGCUUCUUGUCCUAGAUCCAUCCAGGGCUAGCAUCUUACUUCAUAAAAUCCUACUGUAAGGUAGCACUUAAACCCUGGUAAAGCUCAUCUCUUGAGUUUAACUACUCCCAGCCAUACAGUUGAGUACACGCAUAGCGUAACAGAAUGUAAACUUGUGAGAUUGGGAUGGUUCAUGAGGCUGGCGUUAGUGCAACCCUGUAAAUACAGUAGCUCAGGUAUAUAUUGAACUCACCUGUCUGAAAGGGCACUGUAGUGACCUGUGAUGUGAUGAAAAUGACCAGAUCUGUGUUGCACACUGACAUGCUGCUUUAAUCCAGAAGUUGUCUUUGGAGACUUUAUCUGACAUGGGUCAUUCAUUAGCUUUCCCUACUCAACUUCUCGCCGUUAUCACAGAUUGUUUUACUGUACAACACAAUGAUGUGAAUGUUUUCAAACUGUUUUUGUUCAUACAUGCUAUUGCUUUGAAUAUGCCAUUGGUUAAAACUGGAGUCAUUUUUAAUUUAGAUGGGAGCUUGAAAAUACGUUCUUUAAUGACAACUGUUGCAGAUCUAUGAAUGAACAUGUAGUUUUUUGUUCAAGUGAGUAACUUUUUCAUCUUUUGUUUAUUGUGAAGUUUCAUUAGGUGUUUCACAUGUUUCCCAUGCCUUUUACAUCUUAACAUGAGCUGUAACCUGGGUCAUGCCAGCUGCAUAUUUGUUUUAGCACAUGUCUUGAGAUUUUGUUCUUAUCAUUGGAACUUUACUUUCUCUUUAUUUUUAGAGGGUCCACAAUAGUGCACAUAGGCAAUACAUUUGUAACCUAGUAUUCUGCAAGCUUGAUUGUAGUUUUUUUUGUCACUAAAAUGACCACCGUUGUGAUUAAUCUUGCAUUAGUAAUAUCACAUUUGAAGUAAACAUAAUCCAGUGGAGGUGCUGGACUAGUUAGACUGCAUCUGUCUUGAGCUAUAAAUUGUCUGUUGCCAUGGAAAGGGAAUAAAAAGUGUGGGGGGGGGAUAUGAGAAAUUUGGUCAUCGAAACGCUUAAUGGAUUUAGUGAAAGAUCAUUUAGGCUGAUUGGGGUGGAAAAGAGGUUGUACUCUAGUCUACACUAUACUGUAGCCUGGUUUUGAUUUAGGAGCCCGAUGCAUACUGUCAUUAUGAAUUACAUUUAGAAUUGGUCAUGAGGCUAUGAUUUUGACACACUGCUUUUUCACAAUUGUUCUACAAUUUAGCAGCAACGAAUUGAAUAUCCACUGACUACAGUCAAUCAUCUGGCAGUCAAACCAUUUCUUAAAAAGACUGAGGCAGUGAGUAAUGCCACUGGACAAAACGUAUUUCUUCAGCUUGCUUGAUUUUGCGCCAUAUAUGGCUUUGUUUGGUUAUUUAGUUUUGUAAUCUGUCUUCCAGUUGUCCGUUUUGUACGCAGUCAGCCUCAAUCCAUCAAAUGUUUCUUUCAGUAUGACAUCCUUGUUUGAUCCAAAGAGAUACAAACUGAAUGAUCUCAUUGGUCCAAUGGGUUCUUAAUGGAGGUCAUGAUAGGCAGCUUGGCAUGCUUUGCACUCUGGAGAACAUUUUCACAACCAUUUGUCAGAUAUCAGGGAUUUCUUUACAGUUCAUUUGCCUGACACCUCUGACAAAAUCUUAGCCUUAACCAUCAUUUUGUGUAUAGAUACUGUAAAUUGCUAUCAGGGCUAGUUUCCCCUAAAGGGAAAUCAAUUUAAUUUUAUCACUAGAGACUUGCAAUUGAUAUGUAAAUGGGACAACUAAUUUUUUUAAUGUACAGCCUUGCUAACUUGAAAUUCAGGACCAGCCUUCAUAAAUAAAUGCAUCUCGAUUUUCUAGGUAUGUCAUUAAGACUUCCCAUCCCCAUAACAAAUUAUCUCCCCUUGCAUACACACAUGACAGAAAAUAACAAUUGGGUUGUCAAUUUAAAAAAUAAAACUCCUUUUUGUUUUAUG